GCGAAACUGAGUCCUCGAGAAGCCCCUUUUUGUUGUGUUUCUGCGCCAUCGUUGUAUUUCCCGUUGUCGAGCUCUUCAUCUCGGAGGCGAAUCGCUGGUGCACGCUUCGCCCGCCACAAUGACUGCCCAGGAAGCUGAGGGACUCGCCACCGAGCUCGAGCAGCAGAAGCUUCACUCAGACGAUCCCAUCAUUGAGGAUGCGAAGGACAGUGAUGACGAGGACGAUGAUGAGGGCGACGAUGACGACGUCGCUGAUGGAGAGGAAGGCGAAGACGGUCUGACUGCAGGUAAGUCAAAGCAGAGCCGUGGUGAGAAGAAGAGCAGGAAGGCCAUGCAAAAGCUUGGCAUGAAACCAGUCCCCGGCGUCACCCGUGUGACAAUCAAAAAGAGCAAGAACAUUUUGUUCGUAAUCUCGAAGCCUGACGUGUUCAAGAGCCCAGCAUCUGAUGCUCACAUCAUCUUUGGAGAGGCGAAGAUUGAGGAUUUGAGCUCACAACUUCAGAGUCAAGCUGCAGAGCAGUUCAAGGUACCAGAAGUGGCGAACGUAGAAUCCAAGGCUGAGCCUGCGUCAACUGCUGAGGCUGAAGAGGAGGGCGAUGUUGAUGAGACCGGUGUGGAGCCCAAGGACAUUGAGUUGGUAAUGACUCAAGCAGGUGUUUCGCGUGCGAAGGCUGUUCAUGCUCUUAAGACAACAAAUGGAGAUAUCGUUAGUGCCAUUAUGGACCUUACAGGCUAAUGUUAGGAUCUUGUAUUGAAACUUUCUCUUCGUCUCUAUGGAAACACUUCAACAAUACUGAGUAUUUCGUUUUCA